AUGGUUUACGUUUUAUUUAAAAAUAAACUUAUAUUUAUUAUAGCGAUUGUUAUAAUAUUUUUUACCACUAAUUUUACCUUUACGACUUACGAAUCAAUUAAUUCAAUUAGUAACACUCUUCAAAAACGACAAGGACCAGGACCAGGACCAGGCGGCGGAGGUGGAGAUGGCGGUAAAGCACCAGGCGGCGGAGGUGGAGAUGGCGGUAAAGCACCAGGUGGAGAUGGAGGUAAAGCACCAGGUGGAGAUGGCGGUAAGGCACCAGGUGGAGAUGGUGGUAAAGCACCAAAUGGUGGAGAUGGCAAAGCACCAGCAGGUGCACCAGCAGGUGGAGAUGGUAAAACACCAACAGCAGGUGGAGAUGGUGGUAAAGCACCAGCAGGUGGAGAUGGUAAAACACCAACAGCAGAUGGAGAUGGUGGUACAACACCAGCAGCAGGUGGAGAUGGCAAAGCACCAGCAGGUGGAGAUGGCAAAGUACCAGAUGGUGGAGAUGGCAAAGCACCAGAUGGUGGAGAUGGCAAAGCACCAGAUGGUGGAGAUGGCAAAGCACCAGCAGGAGAUGGUAAAGCACCAGCAGGUGAAGAUGGUAAAGCACCAGAUGGUAAAGCACCAGCUCCACCUCCACCUCCACCUCCAAAAGAACCACCAAAAGAACCAGCACCAGCACCAGCACCUCCACCUGAAGAGCCACCAAAAGAACCAGCACCAGCUCCAGCUCCAGCUUCAGCUCCAGCUCCACCAAAAGAGCUACCAAAAGAACCAGCUCCACCUCUACUUCUAAAAGAACCACCAAAAGAACCAAAGGAACCACCUCCACCGCCUAAAGCACCCAAACCACCAGCACCAGCACCAGUACCACCAGUACCACCAUCAAUACCACCACCGCCAAAAGGUGCACCAGCGCAAGAUGCAGCAAUUGAUGCACCAUCACAAGAAGUUAUAAACUGCGGCUGCAGCAGAUAUCAUGUGUCCGUUAAAUUAAUUUGGAGAGAUUAG